CCAUCACGAUCUCUCACUCGAAAACUCUACGUCAGAUGUCUGGUACCGUAACUUAGCUCACUCCUCACACUGCCAUGUACCAUAACUUAUCCCCCAAACCAUGGCAACAGCGCCAAUCCCAGUCAUAACUAACAGGACGCGCAGGACAGCACGACAAGAAAACAUCAUCUCCACUCCUCCUCGCCGAUCGCCCUAACUCACCCCCUCCUCAUUUCCCCUACCUUUCUUUUCCCGACUUUCACAACUAAAUUAUUUCCUUUAAAAAAAUAAGAUGCCUAAAGACCCCACAACGGGAAAGCGUCGCGAGGCAACACUCGUUGAGCGCGUCAAAGUAAUCGAAAAACACGCUGCGGGGAAGUCCUACCGUGCCAUCGGUGAGGAAAUCGGUAUAUCCAAGAGCGAGGCCCAGAGGAUUAUUCAGCGCUGGAAAGAGUUUGAGGAACUCAAGCCCCGGCCGAGAACCGGGCGGCCGUCAAAAUACCCACCUGGAGAGACGAGGGCGGAGAGGAGAAGGAAGGAUCGGAUGUGAGUCUGUUCCUGAUCGGAGGGUGGGGGGUGGGGAGGAGGGAGGAGGCUAAUGGCGUGUCAGUGCGAAGAAGCUUGCGGAUGCGGAAAACACGAUGGCUGGUGUGGGUGGGGAGGUGGAAGGUUCCGCUGUUGGUGGCGGGAACAGCAUGCUAGUACCAAUUGUGAGUCUGAGGGUAGAUGGUCAGGAUCCGCACAACGAUGUACUAGUACUCGGAAGUGCGGUUAGGACCGACGAGGGGAUACGGGGGAACGAGAGCUUGAAUGCGGGCGAAGGUAGUGGCGGCGAAGGCAACGAUGUACUCGUGCCCGUAGUGGAGGACGGAGCUACGGACCCGCGGACCGAAAGCGAAGGGAUUACCAACCAGAACUCGCCGACAGAAUCAGCUCAAUAGAUACCUCCGCCCGCCUCCUUGGAUACCAUCCUCGCAAUUAAUUGGAUGCGGAAGGGAGAGGGAAAAAAGAAAAAAAUAUAUAGCUCUGUCUAAACUAGGAUCUAGAGAUACGCGAAGGGAGAUUGCGGGCUGAUAGAGGGUACGGAACGGAACGGCUAUGCAUUGCAUACUGUAGAUGGAAAGGAAGGAGGAGAAUCACCUCGCUUCGGUAUGAUCGGUAAUUAGCAGGUUUUGAAGAAGAAACGGCCUUGACGACUGUUAUUUUAAACACGAAAGUCAUGGGGGACUGUAAAUCUAGAAAUCACCUUCGGUAGCACAUACGUCUCUACCUACCCGCCCGAUCCCCAUAAGGGUAUCCGGAGCUGUCGGCACAAAUAUUGCCAGAACUCUUUUCCUUUUUUUUUUUUU